CGCUACUCGCCUUUUACUUUCUCUACACGCCCCGAGUAUUCACCGCCGAACUGUGUUCCAGCAAUGGGACUUGCAGGCACAAAAGUGAAAUACCAGAUUCGAAACACGACUUUCUGGAAUGAAUAACUGACAAAAGAACAGGAACGUGAGGGUAGAAAACAAAUUGCGAUUGAUUCAAGGAUGUUUCUUCCAGAUGUGCGUUCCUCACGUUUGGACGCGAUCUUACUUAGAGUGAUGGGUCUGGUUUGGCUGAGCAGUUUUGCUAAAACUUCUUCAGACUUUUCCGGGUAUAUGUCAAAGGUUCUGAGGAAUUAUACGGAGCAUGCCUGUGAUGGAGAAUAUAUUUCUCUGCGAUGCCCUCAUAGAACAACUAUCAGUAUCCAGUCUUCAUUUUAUGGCAGAAGGGCACCUAGUCACCAGAUGUGCCCAUCUCGCUACCCUCAAACUUUCAAAGACCUUGAAAUGGAAGACUUGUCCUGUUCAGCUAUUACAUCCUUGCAGAAAAUGUUGGAUGAAUGUCAGGACAGAAGAAAUUGUCAACUGCUUAUCAAUAGUCGAAUAUUUGGGACAGAUCCUUGUCCUGGAACCAGCAAAUACCUCCUAGUAUGGUAUAAGUGUCGGCCAAAUGAAUACAAGAGCAAAGUGGCUUGUGAAGAUGACAAGUUACGACUGAACUGUAAACGAAGUAUGGUAAUAGCCAUCUACUCUGCCAUCUUUGGCAGAUCACAAGAGGGAAGCUUAGAAUGUCCUUUCCAGAAUGUUGGAGCUCCAGCAAUAGACUGCCAGUCAACCUUAGCUUUACAGAUUAUGACUAAACGAUGCCAUGGGAAGAGAAGCUGCAAUGUAUAUGCAAGUUCCUAUGAGUUUGGUGAUCCCUGUUAUCCAGGCAUCCGCAAAUUCCUCAAUGUCAUCUACACUUGUGUUCCAAAGAAACUGCUGGGUGAAACCAACUCUAAACCAACUCAUUACAAAGGGAUUCACCAUCCCAAUUUUUCACCACACCCUAAACCGUAUGAUCCUAACAUUAUAGGUGAUGGUGUCUUCUCCCAUGAUGUGCUACCCUUUAUAACAGAAGUGUCUUUACCAGAAGAAAAGAAGAAAGAAAGAUCGGCUUCUGAUUACCCAAUAGAUGCCAAGCCAUUACCAGACCCAGUGGAUAAGAUUGACAAACAACUUGUUGAAACACGGGGCAUUCGGACAGAGAUGGCAUUAUUAAGCAACCUUUUGGAAACCUAUUCUUACAUCAUAGACAAUCCUGAGAAAACUGCUUUGUAUUUUGUUUCUGGUGUGUGCAUUGGACUGAUUUUAACCCUGUGUGCUCUGGUUAUGCGGAUAUCCUGCCGAACAGAUUUUAAGAAAUCAGGGGUAAAGAAUGCAGGUGAUGAGGAUAGUAAUGAUGAUGAUGAUGACAGUGAUGAUGAUAACUCUGACACUACCUCUGAUCUAUCUGCAAGACGACAUCGCCGCUUUGAGAGAACUUUAAAUAUGAAUGUUUUUACCUCUGCUGAAGAAUUGGAACGAGCACAGAGAUUGGAAGAGAGAGAACGGAUAAUUCGAGAGAUUUGGAUGAAUGGCCAGCCAGAUAUUCCUGCCACUAGAAGUUUGAACCGCUAUUACUAAUGUGUUAUCUGGAUUCAAAAUGAUGAUAUGGUAAUGGUUUGAAAGACAUAAUGGUGCUUUCGGCAUCCACCAGCUGUAUGUGACUUGAGCUAUAGUUAUCCUCAGCUUUGGUGCAUCUCUAGAUAAUACCCAGAGUAAAGAACUUUAAUUUCAUCAAGCAUUUGAAAGAACUUCUCCAAGUAUUAAAAUCAAUUUGUUCUCCUUAAUAUCUGAAGAAUGAAUUGUUCCCAUAUUCACUGAAUAAUCUCAUCCUUAAUUCAUUAAGGAAUUUACUUUUAUUUAACAAAUUUGUAGAUCUAUUCUCCAGUGGCAAAACUGAACUGGUGCCUCAGGGAUAAAAUCCUGUUAUUCUAUUUGUCUAAGUUUAAUUGAGAGUUCUCAUAUUUUUCAGGAUGCAUCAUUGAUUAUAUACAACAUUUGAGGGAAAUGAAAUGCCUCCGAGGUUAACUGGUGCUUUUAAGGGAAAAACUCAUGAAUGUGCCUUUGCCUUUCCAACUUGUUUAUUGUGAUAAUUGGAAAGUACUGCAGCCAACAUUUAUCAUAUUGACAAGAUCAGGAUGCAUGAAUGUAAUGUACCAAAGCUUGUUUGAACAAAACCAAAACAUUAUUUUCUCUUGGAUAACGAUUUACAAAUGAAAUAAAAAUAAAUUAAUUCUGAAUGUUAUUAUUCUUCUUGGAUCUCAGUACUGAGAUAGUUGGGACCCUUGACCAGAUGCUGAAAAAUAAUCAAGUCAGUUUGCCCACUUUUCUUAACAUCUGCUUAAGUUUCUCUUUAGUCCCAUGUUAUGAAUGAGGCAAUUAAAAAGAAAUACUGCAUAUGUUAAAUGUCUUAAAAAUGCUCAAGAAAUUAAACUGCUUUUCUACUUCAGAUGCUGACUUGGUGCGUAUUUCUAAUAUUUUCUAUUAGUGAUAUCAGUCACACUGAUACUUCAGUUUACCCAAUGAAGUAUUGUAAACCAAUUUAUGCUCAGCUUUUUUGACAUGCAGGAGAACUGAGUAUACUGUCAUGCAGUUUAAUUUUAUUUGUUACUGCUGUAGAUAAGAAAUUAGGAAAAUCUAUUUCAUCUAAUUGUGACUAGAAUUUUUUUGACAUUCCAUUAAAGAUUGUGAUGGGUUAACUAGGUUGAUAUAUUCAGAAACUUAAACCACAACAUCAUGACAAAAUACUUGAUAUUUUACUAUGUAAAAAUGUUGUAAUUUUAAAACACAAAAGAACACUAUUAAAGCUAUGAAAGAGCAAAUAUUU